AUACCACUCUCUUCAUUCUCCUUCUUAUUCCCUUUCAAAACCUUCUCUUUAAUUUCCUUUUUAAAUCCCUAUCCAAAAUGGAGCUACAACUUGGCCUUUCUCUUCCCCUUCACAACCACCCCAAUAUUCAUUGCAAGCCAGCUGGUGGUUUUGAACAUCAUCCACUAUUCGUUAUUGAAAAUGAGCUUCCUCAAACUUUGCCUUUGCUUUCUUGGAAUGAUAAGCCCAAGGAUGAAGAUGACCCUCACCACCCUAAAGGAACACAUUUUUGCAACAUUCAAAAGAAAGACGAAGAGAAGAAGCAAGCAGUAGGAUGGCCACCCAUUGAGUCAUGGAGGAAGAAGGCCUUCCAUUGGCACACUCAACCUCCGCAAACGAUAGACAAUCGUCGUCCUAUAGUAGCAGAUCAUCAAAGUAACCAAAAUGGUGGACAAAAUUCAUUAUUCGUGAAAGUGAAAAUGGAAGGGGUAGCAAUAGCAAGGAAACUCGACUUAAAGCUCUAUCACUCUCAUCACUCUCUCAAAACUGCUCUCAUCACCAUGUUCACCACAAAUAAGGGAAUGGAUAACAACGAUUGGGAUUUUACGCUGAUCUAUGAAGACGAAGAUGGUGAUUGGAUGCUUGCAGAAGAUCUUCCAUGGAAUUCCUUCGUCGAGUCUGCACAGCGCCUCAAGAUUCUGGUUCGCAAGAGAAACAAAGAAUGAAGUUGCAUAUAUUAUUAUCAUUAUUAUUGUUUCCGAAUCUUAAUAUUCCACAUGUAUGUAAGCAUAUAUAUAUAUAUAUACACAUUAUAUUCUAAA